GUAUUGAACAGCCGAUAUGUAACAGUUUGCAGUCCCCUGCAGAGCGUUGUUAGUGCUGUAUGGACUUUAUAGCACCGCGUAGACACAAUGCAUUCCAGCUCUCCCUGGGGAGACCUUUGGUUUCUAAGUCUGGUGUCAUUUCUCCUUCUCCUUCCUGCACCGUCCUGCCAUGGAGGAAAAGUCCUGGUCUUUCCUGUCGAUGGAAGCCACUGGGUCAACAUGAAGGUACUGAUCGAGGAGCUCCAUGCCAGAGGCCACGCCAUCACAGUGGUCAGACCCUCUACCAGCUGGUACAUCACCGAGGAGUCACCUCUAUACACCUCCAUCACCAUCAAGGAGGAAGAAUCCUUAUACAGCUUCUUCGAGGCCUUCCUACAGAAGCACUUUAAGGCUCAGAGAGAGGGGGUAUCAGCUUUGAAGUUCUUCCAACUAACCAGGGAGUUCCUCAGUAUGAUAGAAGAAGCCCACAUCCUGGCCUGCGACACGCUGUCUCGCAUGUUCGAUGACAAGGAGCUGAUGAAGAGUCUUCAGGACGCUCAGUAUGACAUGAUGCUCACCGACCCUGCAAUGGGUGGUGGGAUGCUGAUGGCCCACUACCUCAAACUGCCUGUGGUGCUCAACGCCCGUUGGAUCACCAGUGGGGAGGGCCACUUUGCCAUCGCCCCCUCUCCCAUGUCCUACAUCCCGGUCCCAGGGUCUGGAUUCACUGACAAGAUGACCUUCGUCCAACGGGUCCAAAACAUGCUGUACUACAGCAUCAUCGUGUAUCAACAGAGGUUCAUGAUUGGGCCAAGUUAUGACGCAAUUUGCUCCAAGUACUUCGGAGGGGGCUGUGACAUCAUCUCCAUGAUCCAGGAAGCUGAAAUCUGGCUAAUGAGGUCUGACUUUGUGUUUGACUUCCCCCGUCCCACCAUGCCCAACGUCGUCUACAUGGGGGGGUUCCAGUGCAAGCCGGCCCAGCCCCUGCCUCCAGAGCUGGAGGAGUUUGUCCAGAGUGCCGGGGAACAUGGGGUGAUCGUCAUGUCUCUGGGGACUCUUGUCAAUGCACUUCCUGUUGAUAUCACAGACCAGAUCGCCAGUGUGUUCGCCAAGCUGCCUCAGAAGGUGAUCUGGAGGCACCGGGGCAAGAUUCCCUCUACCCUGGGCAACAACACCCUUCUGGUGGACUGGAUGCCCCAGAAAGACCUUCUGGGUCACCCCCAGACCAGAGCCUUUGUGGCCCACGGAGGAACCAACGGGGUCCAGGAGGCCAUCUACCACGGCACCCCAGUGCUGGGGAUACCCUUGUUCUUCGACCAGUAUGACAAUCUUCUGCGUCUGCAGGAGAGAGGCGCUGCGAAGAUCCUGGAGCUGGCCAUGUUCAACGGACCCAAUUUCCAGCAGGCUCUGAACCAGGUGCUCACCCACGCCCCCUACAGGGAGAACAUGCAGAGGCUGUCCCACCUGCACAGGGACCAGCCCAUCAAGCCCAUGGACAAGGCCGUCUUCUGGUUGGAGUUUGUGAUGCGACACAAGGGGGCGUCUCACCUCCGUACGUCGGCCAACAGGAUGCCCUGGUACUCUUACCACUCUGUGGACGUGCUGCUACUGCUGCUGGCUGCCGGGGGAGGAGUCUUGCUCUCUGCUGGGCUCCUGAUCAGGAUCCUCUGGAGAACCUGCCGGAAGAACAGGAACAAAACCAAACAACACUGAUACCAGUAGCAGGAUGGCAUUACUGGAAACCAAGACUGUUCUCAGGGCAGACCUGGUUAUAGCUACAUAGUUUUAAUUCUACCAUUUUAGGUAACCCUAACCUUUUUCCUAAACUUAAUGUAGUUCUCGUAACCUACAACGUUAAUUCUCCUAAACCACUGCGUAAGUUCUUUUAACCUGCUACAAAAAAGUCACUUUUGUUCCUAAAAAUGAGCAAAAUAUAUGCCCUGAGAGCAGUGUUAGUAUCCACUAAUGGGAUACAGCCCAUUAGAUGUUCUUUAAUCUAUAUAAAUUAUAAAUCUAUACUUAUAUCAGGAACAACAUCAAACAACUUAUUAAAACCUCCAACAACCACAGAGCCUUCGGAAAGUAUUCACCUUGACUUGUUCAACAUGUCGAUGUGUUACAGCCUGAAUUUAAAAUUGAUAUAAAAAAAAAUAAAGAAAAUAAGCUGAAAUGUGAGUCAAUAAGUUUUCAACUACUUUGUUAUGACAAGCCUAAAUAUGUUCAUGAAUAAAAAUGUGCUUAACAAGUCACGUAA